AUGCAGCUGACCAACCUCUUCUACCUCGCCGCAGCUCUGACUUCAGUCUCAGCCACCACCGUCUCCUACGACCCCGGCUACGGCGAAUCAGGUCGCGCCCUCACAGCCGUCGCCUGCUCCGACGGCAAAAACGGUCUCAUCACAAAGUACAAGUGGAAGACCCAAGGCCAAAUCCCCAAAUUUCCUUACAUCGGCGGUGCGCAAGCUGUCGCGGGCUGGAACUCUCCCAACUGCGGUACUUGCUGGAAGCUCACCUACAAGGGAAAGAGCAUUAACGUUCUCGCGAUUGAUCAUACCGAUGCUGGAUUCAAUAUCUCGCCUGCUGCGAUGAAUGCGCUUACGAAUAAUCAGGCUGUCCAGCUUGGAAGGGUUGAUGCUACUGCUACUCAGGUUGCUAUUAGCAACUGUGGUCUCAAAUAA